UUUAUUCCUGUCACCUCGCUGUGCUUUCCCUCACCCCGACGACCGCAAACGGCCGGUCACAGGCUUUCCAACCGUGCGCAUGCGCAUAUGCUUGCCUUUUUUCCUUCUUUUUUUUUUUUUUUUUUUCCUUCAUUUUCUUUUGUUAAGGGCAGGCGGCAGCGGAAAGCAGCGGGCUGCGUCCGCCGGCGGCCCGGCCCCUCUUUCGGUUUCCAUUCUCCCGCCGGCCUGAAGUUUCUUUUUCCCGUCCGCUCCCUGCCCGGCGUGGGCGGGGAGUAUCCUCUCGCUCCCCGCCGGCUCUCCCGGUGCCGGGGCAGCGUGGGGGCUCGGCGUCCCCGCACGCAGCCGGAGCCGGGGCCGGAGUCGGUGCGAAGCCGGCCUGGCCAUGACGGCGGAGGAGAAGAGGAGCCUGCAGUGCUACAGGCGGUACAUCGAGAAGACCCUGAACCCCAUCUACAUCCUGGGCAACAUGACGGACUGGCUGUCCGACGAGGUGAAGGAGAGAGUCCGGAAGGAGGAGGAGAAGGGGGUGACGGCGGCCGCCGCGCUGUUCCUGGACGCCAUCCUGCAGCUGGAGGCGGAGGGCUGGCUGCGGGGCUUCCUGGACGCCCUGGUUGCAGCAGGGUACACUGGACUGGCAGAAGCAAUUGAAAACUGGGACUUCAGCAAACUGGAAAAACUAGAGUUGCACAGACAGCUGUUGAAGCGGAUAGAAGCAACAAUGCUAGAAGUUGAUCCGGUAGCACUCAUGCCGUACAUAAACAUGUGCCUGAUAGAAAGGGAGUGUGAGGAGAUCCUGCAGGUCAGCGAAUACAGAAGCAAAGCAGCCGGGAUAACUAAACUCAUUGAAUGUCUCUGUCGAUCGGAUAAGGAAAACUGGCCAAAAAGCCUUCAGCUAGCACUAGAUAACACAGGAUAUUACAAUGCAAGUGAACUGUGGGAUAUAAGAGAAGAUAAUGGCAAAGAUGUGGAUGGUGAAAUGACAGAUGCCUCUGAGAACAGCUUUGAAACCAUGGUGACGUUUUCUGAAGAAGCAGAAUGUGGUAAUAAUCUCAGUGAAAAUCUCUGUUCAGCUUCAGAAGGGUUCUAUCAGUCUUCACCUGUUUAUGAACCAAAGAAGGCUCGGAGCUACCAGACUGAACUUGCGCAGCCUGCUAUCGAUGGGAAAAACACAUUGAUAUGUGCCCCUACAGGAUCUGGAAAAACUUUUGUGGCACUUCUGAUUUAUGAACACCAUUUCCAAAACAUGCCCUCAGGACAAAAGGCAAAAGUUGUCUUUCUUGCAACCAAAGUGCCAGUGUACGAACAACAGAAAACUGUAUUCAAGCAGCAUUUUGAAAGAAGUGGAUAUUCUGUUCAAGGAAUUAGUGGUGAAACAGUUGCAAAUGUCUCCGUAGAAAAGGUUAUACAGGACAGUGACAUCAUUGUGCUAACACCCCAGAUUCUUGUGAAUAGCAUUGAGGAAGGGAUCCUUAGCUCCCUCUCCAUCUUCACUCUGAUGAUAUUUGAUGAGUGCCACAACACUACGGGCAAUCACCCUUACAAUGUGUUAAUGAGUAGAUACCUGGAACAAAAAUUUGACUCUGCAAGCCAGCUGCCUCAGAUUGUAGGUUUAACUGCUUCUGUUGGAGUUGGUAAUGCCAAGAGCACCAAGGAAACGAUAGAGCACAUCUGUACCCUCUGCUCCUACCUUGACAUACAGGCCAUAUCCACUGUCAGAGAGAACAAACAGGAUCUGCAGAGAUUUGCAAACAAGCCAGAAACACAUGUCAGAUGGGUUAAAAUGAGAGUUCAGAAUCACUUUGCAGACAUUAUCUCAGGUCUGAUGUCUGAGACAGAGGCGUUGAUGAGGAGGAUUUACUCAGUGGACACUAUCUCCCAGAUCAACAAGAAUGAUUUUGGAACACAGAAGUAUGAACACUGGAUAGUUGCCACUCAGAAGAAAUGCAGGCUGUUGCAACUGGCAGAUAAGGAGAAGGAGAGCAGCAUUUGUAGAGACCUUUUCAUUUGCACUGAACACCUGCGGAAAUUCAACGAUGCUCUCAUCAUCAGUGAAGAUGCCCGCAUUGAAGAUGCUUUAGCCUACCUAACUGAAUUUUUCACAAAUGUCAAAAAUGGACCAUAUACAGAGUUAGAGAAGAAACUGACAGCCAAAUUUCAAGAGAAAGAACCAGAACUGACUGCCCUUUCAAAAGAUGAGUCAAAUGAGAAUCCUAAGCUGGAAGAGCUUGCUUGCAUCCUGGAGGAAGCAUACCGCUAUAACCCAGAGACUCACACUCUUCUCUUUGCUAAGACAAGAGCCUUAGUAGCUGCUUUGAAGAAGUGGAUAGAAGCAAACCCUCUACUUAGCCACAUAAAGCCAGGUGUGUUGAUGGGUCGUGGAAGAAGAGAUCAAAAAACAGGUAUGACCCUCCCAAUGCAGAAGGGUGUGCUGGAUGCGUUCAAAACCAACAAAGAGAACAGACUGCUAAUUGCUACAUCUGUUGCUGAUGAAGGCAUUGAUAUUUCUGAGUGCAACCUUGUUGUGCUCUAUGAAUACUUCGGUAAUGUCACCAAAAUGAUCCAAGUCAGAGGUCGUGGAAGGGCAAAAGACAGCAAGUGCAUCCUUGUGACAAGCAAAAUAGAAGUGGUUGAGAAUGAGAAACACAACCGUUACAAGGAAGAAAUGAUGAAUGAAGCUAUUGAAAAGCUACAGACUUGGGAUGAAACAACAUUUGCAAGAAAGAUACAUGACCUGCAAAUGAAGGAAAAGGUAUUACGAGAUUCCAGGAAGAAAGAAACAAGAAGUAAGGUAGUGGAAGGGAAAAAAAAUCUUCUGUGUGGAAAAUGCAAAGCAUAUGCCUGCAGUACAGAUGACAUCAGAGUUAUAAAGGUAGUUCACAUUGCUUCGAUGUAUCUCAUGGGGACAUUUUUAUUGUAAUCUUUCUGAACUUGAAGAAUUUCUCUGUAGGCCCAAGAAGCCAAUACUCUAGACAUGGAAAAUGGUGAUCAUGAAAGAGAGCCUUUUCUGGGCACUUUGAGCCUUUCUAGUUCUGAAAUUUGUUCUUCUGAAGCUUCUAUUUGUGCUGCUCUGAAAAGCGCAGUUGUGAUGUGAUAAAGGGCUUCAGGCCACAGCUGAGCAUUACAGAAUGCUUGCCUUCAGCCACUUUCCUUUUUAAUCAAGAAUAUAUUUUUUUUGUUUUUACCAGCUGUUUUUGGAACGUAGAUGGAGUUCACUACUCCUCUGCAUAGGGAAGAUCCAUAGGCGAGGAUUUUGGAAUAGCUCAGCCUUGUGAAAACCUAGUUACACUUCUUUGACAAAUAACAAGGGAUAUCUAAUAUGCACCUCUGACUGUUACUCCAUUUUGUGCUGCCGGCUUAUCACCUAUACCUGUGCAAAUAGAUCCGAGAGUUCAGAAAACUCUUCAGGAAGAAUUUUUGCUUAGUACUCUGCAAAUAACCCCUCACAAUAUUUUAAAUAAUCCCUACAAACUGAGUUCUGUCAUAGUUCAGCCUACAUAUUUAAUUCAAGUUGGAUAUCGAGGAAGAACUAGCAUUUUCAGACUCCAGCUCAAAUUGUACAUAUGCUUUCAAAUUAAGUUGUUAAUUUUUUUAAUCUUUAAUUAUAUAUGUUAUAAACAACAACUGUUACUCCUUUA